AUGGAAGGAAAAAAAGAUGCAGUUUUGUUUUGUUUUUUGGCUUUGCUCUUCAUGUGGACUUCAGUUACUGGUUUGCUUUCUUCUAAAGGUGUCAACUAUGAAGUUCAAGCUUUGAUGGGAAUUAAGAACUCUUUGAUGGAUCCUCAUUCAGCUUUAAAUAAUUGGGAUGCUGAAUCUGUGGAUCCUUGCAACUGGGCUAUGGUUACUUGUUCUCCUGAUCAUUUUGUCACUGCACUUGGAAUUCCAAGCCAGAAUAUAUCUGGUACACUCUCAUCAACCAUAGGUUCCUUACCAAAUCUUCAAACUGUGCUUUUGCAGGACAAUAAUAUAACCGGACCAAUUCCGUCUGAGAUUGGAAGGCUUCAAAAGCUUCAUACACUUGAUCUUUCUGACAAUUUCUUCACUGGUCAACUUCCAGAUUCUCUUUCACAUAUGAAAGGUCUCCAUUAUUUGAGGCUAAACAAUAACACUCUUUCUGGACCAAUUCCUUCUUCAGUGGCUAACAUGUCUCAGCUAGUUUUUCUGGAUCUUUCUUAUAAUAACUUGAGUGGACCUGUACCUAGAUUAAAUGCUAAAACAUUCAAUAUUGUGGGGAAUCACCAGAUAUGUGUCACUGGAGUUGAACAAAACUGUUUUAGAACAACAUUAGUUUCUUCUGCUAUGAAUAAUAACACUCAAGAUUUACAAGCUUCUAAUAGACCAAAAAGUCACAAAGCUGCUUUGGCUUUUGCUUCAAGCCUCAGCUGCAUCUGCUUACUAAUUCUGGGAUUUGGCUUUCUUCUCUGGUGGAGACAAAGAUAUAACAAACAAAUAUUCUUUGACACGAAUGAACAAAACCGCGAGGUCAUUUGCCUUGGAAACCUGAAGAAGUUCCAUUUCAGAGAACUUCAGGUUGCUACGAAUAACUUCGGCAGCAAGAACUUAGUUGGAAAAGGCGGAUUUGGGAAUGUUUACAAAGGUUGUCUCCGAGAUGGUACUGUUAUAGCUGUAAAAAGGCUUAAAGAUGGUAAUGCAAUUGGCGGUGAAAUCCAGUUCCAAACCGAACUAGAAAUGAUCAGCUUAGCUGUUCAUAGAAACCUUCUUCGCCUGUAUGGAUUUUGUAUGACAACUACAGAAAGGCUCUUGGUUUAUCCUUAUAUGUCAAAUGGUAGUGUUGCUUCUCGUCUCAAAGGCAAGCCAUCUUUGGACUGGAGUACAAGAAAGAGGAUAGCAUUAGGAGCAGGAAGAGGGUUGCUAUAUUUACAUGAACAGUGUGAUCCAAAGAUUAUUCACAGAGAUGUUAAAGCAGCAAAUAUCUUGCUUAAUGAUUAUUGUGAAGCUGUAGUGGGAGACUUUGGGUUGGCAAAGCUGUUGGACCACAGAGAUUCACAUGUGACAACAGCAGUGAGAGGAACUGUAGGACACAUAGCCCCUGAGUACCUAUCAACAGGACAAUCCUCAGAGAAAACAGAUGUAUUUGGGUUUGGAAUUCUUCUACUUGAACUGAUUUCUGGACAGAGAGCUCUUGAAUUUGGAAAAGCUGCAAACCAGAAAGGAGCUAUGCUUGAUUGGGUGAAGAAAAUACAUCAAGAGAAGAAGAUUGAUGUGUUAGUUGACAAGGAUUUGAAAAACAACUAUGACAGGAUAGAGUUAGAUGAAAUAGUUCAAGUUGUUCUUCUAUGUACUCAGUACCUUCCGAGCCACAGACCAAAAAUGUCAGAAGUAGUUAGAAUGCUUGAAGGAGAUGGACUUGCAGAGAAAUGGGAAGCUUCGCAGAGAGCUGAAUCAACAAGAAGUAGAGGAAAUGAACUCUCGUCUUCAGAGCGUUAUUCUGAUCUUACUGAUGAUUCUUCAUUGCUUGCACAAGCAAUGGAACUUUCUGGACCAAGAUAA